AUGCCUUCCAAAAUUACCUUGCAAUUGGCUGAUAGGUCAAUUAAGAUUCCUAAGCGUAAGGUGAAGGAUGUUCCUUUGAGAGUAGGAAAGUUAGUAAUUCUGGUGGAUUUUGUGGUUCUUGAAAUGGAUGAAGAUGCUACCAUUCCUGUUAUUCUUGGUAGAACUUUUCUUGCUACCUCGGGUGCCAUGAUUGAUAUUAAGAGUGUAAAAAUUUCACUCAAGGUAGGAGAAGAGGUCAUUGAAUUUGACUUGAAUGAAAGCAUGAAGUAUCCAUGUUCUUUUUUAGAUUAUUGCAUGUUGAUUAAUUCUUUUGAUCUUGUUGUGUCUUCCACGCAUGAGCACUUGCUCACUUCUAAUGAUCCUCUUGAGAAUUUCUUAUUGAAUAAGGAUAAGAUAGGUGCUCCUAUCAAGGAAAUGGCAAUGUAUGAGGAUUUUCUAAAUGGAAGCAUCGAGGAAGUGGAUGAGAAUUGUGGGGAAUAA